AUGGACGCACCCGGCCGAGACUCGACGGAGCCGCUGAUUAAACCGGACCCGGUUCUCAAAACCUACUACGACUCCUUCGAAUCGCGGAUAGGGUACAAGCUUGUGCUCGGUGGCCGACGCCAUUUCGGAUACUAUGAGAAAGAUACACUGUGGCCAUUCCCAGUCACCAAGAGCCUCAAGGCCAUGGAGGAGGUUCUUUUCUCCAAGUUAAAUCUACCCAAGGGCUCGAGGGUACUUGAUGCAGGCUGCGGCGCUGGCCUGGUUGCCAUUAACAUGGCACAACACGGCCUGAAUAUGACCGCCAUCGACGUGAUUGACCACCACGUGGACAAAACCAAGCGCAACAUUGCCCGGGCCGGCGUUCCGCCAGGAAAGAUUGAUGUGCGUAGGAUGGACUACCACCAUCUGGACUCCAUUCCGGACGAGUCUCAUGAUGGCGUCUACACCAUGGAGACGUUUGUCCACUCCCACGACCCCGUUGGUGUGCUAGCCGGGUUCUUUCGCCUUCUCCGCCCGGGAGGCAAGGUGGCGCUGUUUGAGUACGACCACACUGUUGGCGCGGGGAAGGAUAUUAGUACGGGGAAGGAAAUUUCCAAGACUGCGGAGACUGAUCUUCGGUUGAUUAACAAGUGGUCGUCCAUGCCUGCCAACGAGCGCUCGCUUAGGGGUACGUUCGCCGGCAUGUUGGAAGAGGUUGGCUUUGUGGACGUCAAGGUGGUGGACCUCUCUGCUCACGUCCGCCCCAUGGUACGGCUCUUCUUUGUCCUUGCGUUUGUGCCUUAUCUUUUCGUCAAGCUGCUGGGAUUGGAGCGCUGGUUCAUCAACACUGUAGCCGGCGCGCGGCUGUGGCUCGAGCAAGAACACUGGCGAUACGUCGUCAUCACGGGAACGAAGCCGGGGCCCCCCAUUGAGAACGAAAAGACAAGAUAA